CCUUGUUUUCCCAAACUCUGGCGUUGACUGCUGCUGCCCGGCGCUGCACCGCACGCACAGAAUUUGAUAUCAUUAAAGGGGAGCCACUAAUCAACCUCACCCCCAAGUUUGAGGCCAGCAUCGCAAAGAGGGGAGUGAAGAAAAAUGGAAAUGCACGGAGACCUGUACCUGAACAUGACUACUCUUUUGGUGGCUGUAGGAACCUUGGCAGCGUAUGUGCUGUACAGGAGCACCAGGCGGCCUGCGGGCUUCCCACCCGGGCCAACCGCACUACCACUUGUCGGAAAUAUUCCUCUGUUUUACUUUGCAAAACAUCCAAAACAAGCUUUCCUGGAUCUUUCGAAGAAAUAUGGCGCAAUCGUCUCCUUGAAAUUCGCCAGUGGUGACGUUGUUUUGCUAAACACUUUUGAUGUGGUUAAAGAGGCACUCGUCAAGAAAGCCGCUGUGUUUGCUGGACGUCCUGCAACAUACUCAGUUGGAUUACUAACAGAAGGGUUCAAAGACAUUGUUUUCUCAACCUACGGACCUCAGUGGCGUUAUCAACGCAAACUUGGCCAUACUGCCAUCAGGCAUUUCGCACAGAAGGAGCGUUUGGAGCAACUGGUUUUCAGCGUCACCCCUGGAGUUGCCAAGAUUCUGGAUGAAAUGGGAGACAAGCCAUUCGCUCCCAAAUGGACGAUCGGCCAGAUAGUGUACAAUAUCUUGGGCACCCUGUGCUUUGCCAAGCGGUACAAAUUCAACGAUCCCGAUUUGUUGGACUGGAUCGACCUGAAUACUGGCAUAACCAAAGUAUUUAGUAACGGAUUACUGGGGGAUUUCAUAGCUAUUUUCCAGUACAUUCGCACUCCUUCCGACUUGAAAUACCGGCGCCUCCUGAAGUCCUUCAGGAAAAUGUUCAGUGACGAGUUAGACAAACACCAAGAGAGCUUUGAUCCAGAGAACAUCCGUGACUUUAUGGAUUCGUUGUUGCUGACCCAGAAAGAGAACAUCGAAGCAGGAGAAGAAGGAGCUGACCGUCUGACAGAUACGCACCUCAUCUACACUGUCAUGGACAUUUUUUCGGCGGGAACAGAAACCACCAUUCUCACCCUUCACUGGGCUGUGCUCCUCAUGGCCGAGUAUCCUGAAAUCCAGAAAAAGGUCGCCAGGGAAAUUGAUGAGGUCCUAGGUCGUGACAGCAUGCCGUCGUUGUCCGACAGGGGCUCUUUGCCGUUCACUGAAGCCACUCUCCUGGAGAUUUUCCGGUAUGGCACGGUGGUACCACUUGGCGUCCCGCAUUCUGUGAUGGAAGACACAACACUGUGCGGAUACAGGCUUCCCAAAGAUACAGUUGUGAUGGUUAACCAUCUGGCCUUGCACUACAGCCCCACUGAAUGGGAAGAUCCUGAAAACUUCAAACCAGAGCGAUUCCUAAACGACAACGGUCAGCUCCUUGCCAAACUUCCAGAGAGCCCCUUGCCUUUUAGCACUGGACGCCGUGUCUGCCUCGGCGAGGACUUCGCUAAGAAGGAAGUCUUUCUGCUCUUCACCUGGCUCUUCGGCCGGUAUACCUUCUACAAAGUACCAGGCAAAGAGAAGGAAACUGUGCUGAAGUUGAAUGAAGAACUGGUCCUGGCUCAUCAGCCCUGUGAUGACAUUGAGGUCUGCGUUAAAAGACGCUUCUAGCCUCAUUGAGAAAACGCAAAGCGAA